AUGAAUUACCGAUUGAUAGGUAGCGUGCUAAUUUUACUGCGCAUUAACUCGAUAUUUACACGAACACUGUAUGAAUGUGAUCACUAUUCAGUCUCUUGUGGAUGUGGUCGUCACAAUGUUGAACUCACAUCAUCAAGAAUUGUUGGUGGUGAAGAGGCAAUACCCUUGAGCUGGUCAAUGAUGGUUUCCAUCCAACAUCGUUCAUCUCAUAAACACUUCUGUGGUGGCUCUAUUCUAGCAGAUUCAUAUAUUCUUACAGCAGCUCAUUGUGUUGAUGGUCAAACCCCAGAUCAAAUAUUAGUUGUCGCUGGUAUUCACAAUAAAUCCGACGAAGAUGGCCUGAUUCGUCGAGUUGCUCAGAUUUUUGUUCAUCCUCACUGGUCAUCGUAUCAAAACCAACAUGAUAUUGCAAUUUUGCGUUUAUCGCAGCCACUCGAAUUCAUCUAUAACCGAUUUCUAACACGAACAUGUAUACCACAUGUCCACUGGCCUAAUAAUAUUCAAGACUAUCCAUCUACUAGCACACGGCUAGCAGCUAUCGGUUGGGGUCGUACAAAAAUGAAUGAUAGUGUCAGUUCACCAGACAAUCUUUUACAAGUUGAAGUAUUCACAAUUGAUAACAAUGAUCCAAUCUGUAAUAAAUCACUCUAUGAUGCAGAAAUACAAUUUUGUGCUGCACUCUAUGAAGGUGGCAAAGAUUCUUGUCAGGGCGAUUCCGGUGGACCCAUCUUACAAUGGCUGGGAGAUCGUUGGGAACAGGUAGGUUUAACUAGUUUCAGUCAAGGGUGUGCCGUGGCAGGUGAUCCAAGUAUUUAUACACGAUUAUCUUACUAUAAUCACUGGAUUCGGUCGAUUGUGGUCGACACUGACAUCCGACCACCAGUGACGCAUACAUGUGAUAAUGAAAAAGUAUCAUGCGGAUGUAGCUAUACAGAUGUUGAAAUUACACCAUCGAGAAUUGUAGGCGGUGAAGAAGCUGUACCCUACAGUUGGUCAUUUAUAGUUUCUAUACAGCAUCUUUCGAUGAAUGAUCAUUUUUGUGGUGGUUCCAUUUUUUCAGAUUUCUAUAUUAUUACAGCCGCUCAUUGUGUGGUUGAUAAGUCACCAUAUGAUAUACAGAUUGCUGCUGGUAUCCAUAAUAGGUCGGAUCCAAAUGGUGCAAUCCGUGAAGUUGAACAAAUCCAUAUUCAUCCAAACUGGUCAUCAUCAUCGAGUGCCCGUCUACAUGAUAUUGCACUCUUACGCCUCUCUCAUCCACUCGAUCUGCGCACAAAUCCAUUGUUAACACGAGUAUGUGUGCCCAACGUGCAGCUGCCUACCCUUGUUGAAACUUAUCCAGCUAAUGGUACACGUUUAACUACAAUCGGUUGGGGAAAUAUAAGACAGAGCGUGUUUGAUAAUUCACCAGAUAAUCUUCAUCAAGUGCAAGUAUUUACAAUUGAUAAUAACGAUCCUAUCUGUAAUAAGUCACUCUUUGAUAAAGAAGUCCAAUUUUGUGCUGCAGAUUACGAAGGUGACAAAGUGUCCUGUGGGUGUGGUUAUAAAAAUGUUGAACUCACAUCAUCAAGAAUUGUCGGUGGUGAACAAGCAGUAGUCUACAGUUGGUCAAUGGUUGUUUCGAUUAGUGUCGAUGAUUCUCCUUAUUAUCAUUGUGGUGGUACAAUCGUUAAUGAUUCCUACAUUCUUACAGCGGCAAAUUGUGUAAAUAUGUUAUUUCCAUCAGUAAUAUCCGUUAGAGCUGGUGUGCAUAAUCAUUUGAGUACCAUGGGGUAUAAACGUCGAGUUGAUCGUAUCAUUAUUCAUCCAGAGUGGAAUGCAUCAGAUCAUAUCCAUCGAAAUGAUAUUGCUCUCCUGCAUAUUUAUCCACCAUUGCAACUUGACAUUUGGAAGGAUGUGGCUCAAACAUGUAUACCAGAAUUGAACUCAUCAUUCAACAUAGUUAACUAUCCACCGACAGGUACAGAUUUAGUCAUUGUCGGAUGGGGUAUAAUGCAAAUGACACCAAUGAUGUUAUCCAAUAAUCUUCGACAACUGCGUGUAUUUUCAAUGGAUAAUGAAGAUCCGAUUUGUCGACAAUGGAUUCAUGAUCCUAGACAACAAUUUUGUGCUAAUUCGUUGAAUUCAAGUAAAGGUCCACGUUAUGGCGAUGAAGGUGGACCGGUGAUGGAAUGGAAAGGCAAUCGUUGGGAACAGGUGGGCAUCAUUAGCCGUACCCAGUUGUCCGAACAGAGUGGUCUAACAAUUUAUACACGACUGGCUCACUAUUCUGUUUGGAUUGAAUCUGUAAUCAAUACAUCCUGGAUUUCAUCCACAUCACGACCGCCUGUUGUCUAUCGAUGUGAUCGAACAUCAAUAUGCGGUUGUGGUCAAAACGAUGUUGCUCUAUUUCCAUCUCGAAUUGUUGGCGGUGAAGAUGCUGUCGAAGGUAGUUGGCCAAUGAUUGCUUCCCUUCGUUUUCCUGAUGAAUCUCAUCGAUGUGGUGGAACACUUCUAUCUGAAUCAUUCAUUCUCACUGCUGCUCAUUGUUUUGAUGAGUUAUCGAUGCCAAGUAGAAUGAAUAUAACUGUUGCUAUUGGCAUAACAGAUCGAUCCGAUCCAAAACAAAUCAUACACAAGAUCGAUCAGAUCUACAUACAUCCAAAUUAUUCAAAUCAAAAUCGUGAACACCAUCAUGAUAUUGCUCUGUUACGUGUCAAAACUCAAGUCGUUUAUACUAACAAUCCACGCUUGACAAAAUCUUGUUUCCAUCGAAUUAAUCCAUUAUCUUCGAUCAUUGAACACCCAAAAAAUGGUUCACGAUUGGCCGUUAUUGGAUGGGGUGUAUUGACAAGUGAAACUUCGUUUCUACCCAAGAUGCUUCAGCAAGUCGAAGUCUAUACAAUUGACAACAAUCAUCCGACAUGUUUGAAUUCUAUUGUUGAUCUACAAGCGCAAUUCUGUGCAGGAAUUCUAAAAGGUGGCAAAGAUUCAUGUCAAGGCGAUUCCGGUGGACCCAUUCUCCAAUGGACAGGAAACUACUGGGAACAAGUAGGUAUUGUCUCGUAUGGAUAUGGUUGUGCAGAUCCUGACUAUCCUGGCAUUUAUACUCGAUUGUCAUACUAUUAUGACUGGAUGAAUAAUAUCCUUCGAAGUCAUGGCGAACAUCUGGAACCAUGGAAUCAAACAACGAUAUCUUCAACUCUGACGACAAGCACUUCACGAGCUACAACAACAGGUUCAUUUGCAAACAAAAUGAUGUUAUCAUCAGUCCAUGAAACGAUCAUCGUGACAUCUUUAUUAAAUCUUUUUAUAAGUUUUAUAUGA